GGGCGGCAUGGAGCGGGGCGAGGAGCGGGGCGCGGGGCUGGGAGCCGGGCUGGGCGCCGCGCUGGAGGCCGCGCAGGGCCAAGGGGCCGCCGAGGCGGUGGAGCGGGCCCUGGCGCGGUACAACGAGGAGAAUCGGGCCAUUUUCAGAUUUGAUCCAGCAGAUGAAGAUAAAAGAAAGAAACUAUGCGAGGAGAUUCUAAACAUCCUUGAAAAAGACACGAAAACUUCAUGUCAAGUUGCCUGUCUGGAAGCCCUGCGGAUUCUCUCCAGGGACAAGACUGUUUUAGUGCCUGUAACCACGAAGAGGAACAUGCAGAUUCUUAUGAGACUAGCAAAGCUGGACACUGUGGAAGACCCUUUGGAGAAGGUGUCUGAAUUUCCUGUUAUAGUAGAAGCUUUAAAAUGCCUCUGUAACAUAAUUUUUAAUAGUGCUGUUGCACAGAAGCUCAGUUUGGAACUGAAUCUUGCAGCCAUGCUCUGCAAUCUUCUGAAAAAAUGCAAGGAUCAGCAGCUUGUUGGUGACAUUAAAUGCUUUGAUUUGCGUCUUCUCUUCCUCUUGUCGCUUCUGCACACAGAUAUUAGGUCACAGUUGCGUCAGGAACUGCAAGGGGUGCAAGUUUUGACGCAGGCCUUGGAAAGUUCCCUGAAUGUAAGAUGGACAGAAGAAUAUAAAGCAGCGGAAGAUCGUGACAGGCCUCCUUUAUCUCUGCAAGAGACAGAUUGUGCCAUUGAGGCACUGAAGGCGCUUUUUAAUGUAACACUUGACAGCUGGAAUGUCCACAGCAAGAAUGAAUCUCAUCAAUUUCGUUACAUGGCUGCCAUCCUUCGACACUGCUUAUUAACCAUGGGCCCUACUGAAGACAAAACUGAAGAGUUGCACAGCAAUGCAAUCAACCUCUUAAGCAAUGUUCCUGUUUCUUGCUUGGAUGUUCUUAUUAGUCCAUCUUCCCAAGAGGAAACAGAUAUAAAAUACAACGGUAUGAAUAUGGGAGCAAUUCAGAUUUUACUGGAUUUCAUGGAGAAGAGAAUUGACAAGGGAAGCAGCUAUAGAGAAGGUCUGACUCCAGUUCUCAGUUUAUUAACUGAAUGCUGCCGAACUCAUAGGAAUAUCAGGAAGUUUAUCAAAGCUCAGGUACUGCCUCCACUAAGAGAUGUGUCGAAUCGUCCAGAAGUUGGCACAACAGUGAGAAACAAGCUGGUGCGCCUUAUGACACAUGUUGACCUUGGAGUAAAGCAAAUUGCAGCAGAAUUCCUUUUUGUUCUUUGUAAAGAGAGAGUUGACAGCUUGUUAAAAUACACAGGCUAUGGUAAUGCAGCAGGAUUGCUGGCAGCAAGGGGCCUGUUAGCAGGAGGAAGAGGAGAUCAUUGGUACUCAGAUGAUGAAGAUACAGAUACUGAAGAAUACAAAUCUGCAAAGCCAAACAUUAACCUUAUCACUGGUCACUUAGAAGAACCGAUGCCCAAUCCAAUGGAUGAAAUGACAGAAGAACAAAAAGAAUAUGAAGCUAUGAAGCUUGUCAACAUGUUUGAUAAACUUUCCAGAGAUGAACUUAUAAAACCAAUGGGAGUGCGGCCGGAUGGUACAAUGGCUCCUUUGGAAGAAGCAGUCAGCCAGUACCAUACCAACAAGCAAGACAGCUCAGAUUCAGACUAAAGCAUCACCUGCUUCACUCUCAAUUCUCCUCCAACCCACGUUUUUCCUUAGAGCCACGACAUCUUUUAUCUAGGCGUUUUAUCCUCGCGUUAGCCAGCGUCACUGUAACUGUUCUAUUAUUGGGAUAUUUAAAUGAUGGAUCCUGUGGUGUAAUGUCUGCAUUUUUAUUAUGUCUGUUCAAAGAACAUACCAAUUUAUUAGUUUACGAUCUUUAUUAAUUUAAAACUAAAUGUAUUUCAAAGGGAUAAAAAGUGAAAGCCUACAAUGUAAAAUAAAAUAUAAACAUUUUGAUUUUCCAGAAUCCUGUUUUCUGAACUCUGUAGGUUUUCCCAUUCUUUAUAUAUAUCUUUUUGUAUUGUCUUGCUAGUCUCUCUUUCCUUUUGUAUGAUUCUAAUUAAAGAAAGGAGUUUGCUUAAUGGCAUUUAGGAGCAGAGGGUGUUUAAACUUUGACUGACCGUGUAAAGCUGCUUUAACUGGCAUUCAGCAGUGAUUUCAGAGCUGCCCUUUUUAAAUGUCAUUGAUAAAAUCUUACGCAGUAGCUUAACCACAGACACGCGUAGUGGUAAGAAAUCCAGUGUGUCACCGACUGCCACUAAAACUACCUUUAAAUUGGGAACAAGAUGAUGUAUGUUGUAUGUCCUCUCCCCCACACACACAUUAAGACCACACAAGUAUUACCACCAACACCCCGCACUUUGGUUAAGUAAAAACAUCCCUAUUCAAAACAGCCUUCAAGUAUAUACACUUAAAUGUGGCCAUGAAUCGCAGUGGACUGAAGAGAAGUGCAUGUGGAAGUGUUUUACUGAAUUGGGGCCUAACGGGUGUGCCUCACCUGAAGGGAAGUCAAACUAACAACAAAGAAAUAGUUCCCUUUUUAGGGAAAACUUAGGAAGGAUGGAAAGGUAGGAAGGAGAAGAAAGUGUAAUUUUCAACUGUGUACUCUUAAAGAUUAAAGUUCUAGGCGUGCUGCA